AUGAAUACAGAUUUGAAAAAGAGUAAUUCUUCGACAAGUUUGCCAGUUUAAUCGCCAUCAGGCGGGGGCAGUGCCCAUUAAGAUAAAUUCUUUAUCACCGAAACUAUGACUUCGAACAAUAAUCAGUAUAAUGGUACUUUGAUGCCAAUUAAGGAGAGCGUCGACUAUUAUGAACAUAAUUACAAGAAAAAGAGUGCUUUUGACUUCAAAGAUGAAAUCGAUGAAAUGAAGAAGACCUGCAAGAAGUUGCAGUUUCCUCAAAUACCCUACAAUUACUAUGACAAUCUACCUAUAAAGCCUGGCGUUUUUAUAUAUAAAGCACUCGUAGAAAGUAAAGUUCCUUUAAAACAAUUGAAGAUAAACAUCCCUGAAACAUUGUGCGUUUUUAAUGGCUUAAAUUGGAUUACAACAAAUUAAACUGGGAAGUUAGAGGUAAAAAACAAUGACUUUUUGCCAAGGAACUUCUAUGAUAAGGUUCGAGAAAUUUAAGAACAAGUAUAUAAGUCAUAAUGGCUUGACCCUACUCAUGCUGCUGUUAUUGAUAGAAAAUGGCAGUAAUUUCCAAUCACUGGUACUAAAUCUGUUUAAAGCUGGGAGAAAUUCAACGACACAAUCAAUUAUGGACCUGAUUCUGACUCGAUUAUCUAGCAAUUUAUAUACUCAAGUGCUCACAAAGCUAAUACUAUGAGAUUAUUCUAUUAUAAUCCAAAAGCUCAUCCAGGGCAGAGUCAGACAUUUGGCUACUAUAUGACCAAUAAAUUGCAUUAUCAAGAGAAUCAGCUAAAGUAUAGACCUGAGGAGAGAUAUGCCAUUUGCUCUUCAAGAGAAAAUUCAUUUGAGCAUUUUGUAAUGAAGGGUAAAGUACUAGAGCCUUAUGAAGCUAUGGCAGACUAAUUAGUAUCUUUUAUCUAUAAAUCUUUUGGCGUAAGAAUAGAGCAAAUUGCAAUUGAUUUCACAAAAGAUGAAAGAGAUGUUAUAUACUUUCUAGAUGUGAAUGGGUUUAGAGUGUUAGAAUAUGAGAGAGUUUCGAAAUUGACUUUACUUUCAGAUGAAUAAUGGGCUGAAAAGGUCAAAGAAGAAAAAGGAAUCUAUGAUCGAGCAAAUAACACAGUUUAGUGUUAACUCUGCAGAAUUAGUUACAAAAAGAGUGAAGUUACUAAGAUCGUCACGUUUAAAAUGCUCUUUGAGCUCAAGAAUCAUUUGUACAAGAGAGGUAUUUUCGGGUUCGAAUAUCUUGAUAAAAUACAAGAAAGCACUUAAUCUUGCAAAGUUUGUGAUAUUUGCUACAUGCUAGUCGUGGCUGAACAUGAAUUAAUAGAAGUAGAGAAACUUUACGCUAUCUCUUAAAAUAUUCCCUUAGAAGAAAAAUCUCGUAAAAAUGCUGAACUCAAUCGUGUUGACUCUGAAAACAUCAGAGGGAAGUUGAACCAAUGGAGACUUUUAUUCUAUAUGCAUGAGUUCUAGGAUAUUUAAUUGUAGCUGCUCAAGUCUAAAUGCACAACUGGAAAGCUUUAUCUUUAAAUCAAAUUAUUUGACUUCUAUACAACCUUGGAAAUUGACAAUAUAAUUACGAAUUCUAUAAUUGAAUCUUCCUAACAAAACAGCAAUUAAAAGGACGGCUCGCCAGCUAAGAAAUUUGGAUUGACAAGAAUUUCUUCAGCUGGUAACUUUACUGAUCUUUCAAAAGGUCUUCAAAGAAGAACAACAAUAAAAUAUCUUCAAACUCAAACUAUAAAAAAUGCUUCAUAUAGUAAUGGAGCUCCCAAGACUCCUAAGGUCUUAUUGAAAAAGCUUAGAACUUACUUCUUCUUUGUUGAUGAAGUAAAAAAUCUGAAGCAUUUCCUAGAAAAUACUGAAGUUGAGUUCAGAAUCACAGAUGGUCCUAAGUGGAAUAAACCUAUAGCUUUUGCAUCAGCUUACCCAUUUACUCAUUUUAGCACUAAGAAUGCCGAAAACAAGGAAUAUGUGCAGAGGUAAAAUAUAUUGCUGCAUUUCUUCGGAGCUGAUAUCGAGCCAUUUUAUCUGCUAGCUACAACUGGAUUGAAAAAAGAUAAAGAAAUUAAGACUGAGAAAAUGUUCCUUUAUCACUACAACAGUGUUUACUUUCCAGAUAAUACCUAUUAUAAUUCUGACCCUUUGCCCAUAGAGUGGCUAGAAUUAUUUGAAUCAAGAGACUAUUUUCUUGAGAAGUUUAACAAGGAAGAGGAUGAAAAUAUUAACCUAGGAUUUACACCAUUCUGCUCUAUAAAAGAAUUAAAUUAUCUUGAGCCAGACUUUAAAGGUCGUUGGAAUGUGAGAUAAGAAGCAAUUAUCACAGGCUACUCUGAUACCAGAGCAAUCGUAGAUUAAUGCACUGAAAGGCUUUAUCCGAAAAACUAAUAUAGUGCAAGAAGCUAUAGAUCUCAAAGCCAGAGUAUGAUAGGACAUAACUAAGAUAGAAGUAGUAGAGUUUCUUCACCUUAGAUUUAUGAAAGCAACAGAAAUGGUCUUAAAAAACCAGCUAACAAAGAUCUAAUUGAAAAAGUGGAUGAGGAAUCCUUAAUGGAGUCUUAAUAAUUUGGCACUGAUCCUGAUAAAUCUCCUUUUAAUAGCAAUUAAGAUAACCAACUAAACUUUAACCAUGAGAGAAAAUAGUCAGCUGAGUUAAAUGAAUCUUCUGAUAGUGAUCAAAUACUCGCUGCAGGAGAUAAAUAGCCUGUUUCAAAGGAUCAACUGAGACUCCAACUUGAUAAACUAGGGAAGAAGCUUCAUUAAAGUUAAUCUCUGAGAGAUUUUAACAUUGUUAAAAACCCUUCUGAUUUCAAGAUUAGAACAACCAAGCAACUGUUUAAUGUAAAAGGAACUAACGGUAAUUAUACUUAAGCUUUACUUUAAAAUGCAAGAUAGCUAAUUAACCUAUAACAACCUGAGAAAAAAACAAAGAAGCGUAAGAAGUCUAAAGCAGCCCCACUUCCCAAUGAAAUGAUAUUCCUGUAGCCAUCAACAAGAUCUCGUGAGAGAGCAGUAAAAAACAGACCCUUUUCAGCUAAAAAUGGAUAUAGUCUUAUGACUACUCUAGGGGAUAACAUCAUAGACAUUAGGCAAUAGAAUAAACUUGAGCAUUCAGAGGAAAUAGUUAAUUAGAAUAAUUCAUAGCAGUUAGUAAAUAUCACCUCUCCUACAGCAUAUAACACAUAGCAAAAACGAUCAAUAUUGCAGCAAGAUGAUAAUGUGAUUGCUGAGGAUUUCAAAGAGGAUGAAGAUAACUUUGUCACUUAUGAGCAGUAAUAAUAGUUGCAGUAGCAGCCUAUAGAGAUGGCUAAAUAGAGACCAAGAAGCAAUUACACUCAGCAGAAUUCUAGAUCUGCUAUGGGUAGAAGAAACAAGAAAUAUCUUUAGGAGAAUAUCAACAAUCUAAAUGGUGGAUAUUAGUAGUAGUAGCAAUAAGAAAACAAUGAUAAUCAAGAUACAAAAGCGCAUUCACAGCAAAAAUCAUUAAAGAGACCAGCAAGUGCAGCCUUUUUGCAUAACAAGCAACUGAUGGCAAAUCCAUAAACACAAAUCAGCAUGAAGUAUCUUUUUCAGAUUUAUGAGAGACUUCCCAGUGGCUCUUAAUUGCUUAAUGGGAAAAAGGACAAAAAGAACAAGAAAUCCAAGAAGAGAAUAAAGUUGAAACAGUAAUCAGAAUCUUAAAAAGAUCUCUAGUAGCAAUAAAACUACCUCUAUAGAAUGGCAUCAUAUGAUCAGCAGUAACAAAACUACUAAACACCUAUGACAAAUAUGAUAUACAGUCCUGAUUCAGUUUCAUUCCAAUUAAGCAAUACUCAAGUAAAUAGUUCAGCUAAAAUAAUAGCAGAUCAUAGGAUCUUAAAAAACAUGAAUUAACAAGAUAAUAUUAAAAAUCCCUUAAGAAAUGCCCCAUCCACUGAAAGUACCUAAUUCACUUAUAGUAGACUUUCAUAAAUGUCACAGCAGCCAAAAUUCAUUGGUGUUGGUCCUUAAAGCUCCAACCAAGGUGCAAAGCCCAAUUAGUACUUCAGUGAAAUUCUCAACAGCCAAUAGAUCUCAAGCGUUAAAAAUUUGUAACCCUAAUAAAAUUCUAUAGUCGUUGAGAGUUAUCCAGGCAGCACCAUCAUAAAUAACUUCAGUCCUAUUCAGCAUGAUGGCAAGUCAGCUGAUCUCAAAUAGCAGUCAGUUGAAACUAACAAUACUGAGAGUGGAGAUCGCAAGUAUUAAAAUGUGAACCAACACGAUAAUAGAAAUGCUGGGGUUUAGGACGAAAAUGAUUCCUAGAAAUUGAAUUAAAGUAGUUAAAUACCUUCAAGCAUUCCAACUGAGAAGCCUUCUGCAUCGAAACUUGCAGAAUCUGAUAAGAUAUCUUCAUAUUAAAACUUAGAGUCGAUGAACCAUCUCACUUAAACUCAAGCACUCUGA